AUGACCGAACAAACCUCUGCACCUGCCCGUUUCGGUUCGUACCAAACCGAUGGAAUGCAGCUCCGCCUUUGGAUUGCCAAUCCAAAUGAGCCCGGCUGCCACGUUAAGCCAUCUACGCUAACCUACGCCCAGCUUGAGCAGAAAUAUGGUGCAGUGAAGUGCGGCACUGUAGUGCCUGAAAACUUCAUGGAGGAGUCUAUGCUACAGAAAAUCGCCGAAAUUCGACGAGAGAUUGGUAGCAAUGUAACCUCCAACCACGACGAAUACGAGAAUUUCAAGAUCCACCAGCGUCAAUUCCAUUGGUACGGUGUUGUUGGACCAGGCUUCCUUGAUAUUGAAGUUAUGAACCGCAUCCAGAACCCCAACAACGUUGAGGAGCUUGCUGAAGAGCGAGCUACGGUGCCUACGGCCUCUUCCCUGGCCCAAGCCUUCUACCAGCGCAACUUUGAUAUUAAGACUCUUCGAUCUGUCUAUGUAACCACUGUUAUCAACUCGCACACCUUGGACUUCAUUGCUGAGCAGCUUUACCCUGCUGCGGACCUUGCUUGGCAUGCUGAUGGUGACAACCUUCGCACUUGGGACUAUGGAACUCCUGCGUAUGAUGGUAUGCUUGGGACCCGAAUUGGCAAAGUGAUUGCAUACCUGGUCCUGGGAGCUUUCCCUCGGGGCACUCGCCGCAUCACUCGCAUUGUGACUUACGAUUCAGGUCUCGGAGCUGCUAACAUCCGCUUCGAUAUUGCUCCCGUUUGA